GUCAUGCUUACAUUUGCCUUCCCUGUUCACUCUUCGGCAGGCAGUUGAGCACAUGGUUUUGAAUGUUAGCCCACUGGGAUAAAGGACCCCUGCUUCUCACAGCUCGCGCCUGCGUGGUCUUAUUACCAUCAGGUGAAUAUCAGAGAGAGAGAGAGAGAGCCAAGGAGCACACAGAAGCGAGAAAAACAGAGCUCAAACUCACAUGCUAAAGGCUGUUGAAACUGCUGUCAGAAUGUACUGAAACCUCAGGAUAAUCAGAUAACCUUGAAAAACCAGUUGCCUUUUGGACGUGUGGACAUCAGUGCCUUCAUCAUGUCACUGUUCACACAUGUUUUGGCCUGCCUUUUUGGCAUUGGAUCAUGGGUGGCCAUUAACGGGAUGUGGGUGGAGCUGCCUCUGAUUGUCAAUGACAUUCCUGAGGGUUGGUACCUGCCCUCUUAUCUCACAAUAAUUAUCCAGAUGGCCAACAUUGGCCCUCUCUUCAUCACGCUCAUGCACCGCUUCAGACCGGGUGUGCUGGACGAGCGGCCCGUUAUCUACACGAUUGUGACAGUCGGCGUGGUGGCCACCUUACUCCUGGCUUUCCUCUGGAACCUCAAAGUUACUUUUGCAGAUGGUGAACAUAGUGCUGCCUUACUGUCCCUCAGCUUCCUGCUGUCUGUUGUGGACUGCACCUCGUCCGUCACCUUUUUACCCUUCAUGAUGCGUCUACAGCCUCAGUACCUCACCACCUACUUCAUUGGAGAAGGUCUAAGCGGCCUGGUCCCAGCACUAGUGGCUCUUAUCCAAGGUGUAGGGGUGGUCCACUGUAAAAAUGCAAGUGCUAAUGUGAAUGUUAGCAUGGGGAACUUAUCCUUCGAUGGAGAACUAGAGGCACACUACCAGCCAGCCAACUUCUCCGCUCAGGGUUUCUUCCUUUUCCUCAGUGCGAUGAUGAUGGUGUGCUUGGGAGCUUUCCUGUUACUCAAUCUCCACCCAGCUGUGGCACGGGAACGCAAGAGCAAAGGUUAUAUUGAUGAUUCUAAGCGGGUAGAGAAGAUUGAUAUAAGUCAAUCCCCAAACAGUGAAACUCCAGAACAGAGACCCAUGCUGGAUUUCCCAGAAGGCUCAGUGAUAAAACGACGCAGCUCAUUUGGAAAAGGAACCUACAGCAGAAUAGAGCUGGUCUUCAUUUUUGUAGUUCUGGCCUGGGUCAAUGCAUUGACCAAUGCAGUCCUGCCCUCAGUCCAGUCUUACUCGUGUUUGCCGUAUGGAAAUCAAGCCUAUCAUCUUGCAGCCACUUUGUCCUCAGUUGCAAAUCCAGUGGCAUGCUUCAUUGCCAUGUUUGUACCAAUCAGGUCUCUGGUGCUGAUGGCGGUUCUGACAGUGACGGGCACUGGGUUUGGAGCGUAUAUAAUGGCCAUGGCAGCACUAAGCCCUUGCCCUCUGCUGAUCAAUCAUGACCUCGGAGCAGCUCUCAUUGUCAUAACCUGGGUCAUAUUCGUCCUCACUCUGUCCUAUGUGAAGGUGAUUAUUGGAGUGAUCCUGCGAGAUGAAGGCCACAGCGCCCUCGUGUGGUGUGGAGCUGUGGUGCAGCUGGGCUCUAUGUUGGGUGCCCUGUCAAUGUUCCCUUUGGUUAGCGUUUAUGGACUUUUCCAGUCAGGAGAACCCUGUAAAACGAAGUGUCCUAAAUAAAACCAAUCGUUAUUCUGAUAGAUUCAGAGUAAAGUGAAUUAAAGCCACACAAGGUUGAAUAAUACACAGAUAUCUGACCACACAUUUUUCCAUUAUACCUUUUUUUUUUUUUUUUUGCAUUAACUACUUGUACUGUUCCAACAACUAUUUUUCCUUUUGGUUGUCAUUUAGUUCAAAGUACUGUUACAUCACAACAAAACAAGCUUCAUAAUCUGCUGUAAUAUCUGGCACUCCCUUACAGUUACAGUGUAACUUGUCAAUUAUAGCAUUUUUGUUAUAUUUAAAUGUUAUACUUGAUAUGUUGUAUUUUUAAUAUCUUAUUGAAGUCCGAGGUCAUGUUUUUUUUUUUAAAGAAUUGGACAAUAUUUAUGAUUUUAAGACAUGAUGCCUAAGAGAUAUAAAGCCUUGACAAUCCUAUUUCUUUCUUUUUUUAUUUGUAUUUUUUAUUUACAAGACUGUAUGAAGUUUAGAAAAAAAUAAAUAUUUGUUCUUUAA